AUGAAGUUCACCGCCCUCGCCUUCGUGGCCGGCGCGAUCCUCAGCCAGACGGUCAAGUCUCAGGAAUGCUCCGCUCCUUCGCCCACUUAUCAGAUCCCUCCCGCCAUCGCUACCCUCUCGGCCUGUCUCCAGUGCUGCUUGGCCGGUGCCAUGGCUAGCCAGGGAUGCAAGGACCCCUCGGACACUGCUUGUACUUGCAGCGGGGCCUUCUCUGGCGUCGUCGCCACAUGUGUUCUCAAGUGCCCCGCUGAUGACCUGACCGCCGCCCUCAACCUCCAGAAAUCGAUGUGCAGUGGCCCUCCUCCUACUUCUACCACUCCUCCCACUUCGGCCCCUCCCACCUCCGCGCCCCCUACUUCGGCUCCCCCUACCUCGGCUGAGCCUUCGUCUGCUCCCCCCACUUCUGUCGAGCCCUCGUCUGCUGUCCCGACUACCACCUCGGGUGGUGGUGGCAGCUGCACUGGUCCUGACCUUUCUUCGCUUUCCUCAUGUGGCCAGGCAUGUCUCGCCAACGCCCUCACCAAGGCCAACUGCAAGGACCAGUGCGACUCUGCGUGCAUCUGCGGCAGCGCGUUUGUCGGUGCUGCCUCCACCUGCCUCGUUACCUGCCCCUCUGGCGACAUUACUGCUGCCAUUGCACUCCAGGACAAGCAGUGUUCGGGCGGCGGCGGUGGUACUACUACGCCUGGUGGUGGUGGCGGUACCGAGACCACCACGGAUGGAUCGACUACCACCACCUCGCCCGGCGGCGGCGGCGGCACUUGCAGCCCUCCCGACCUCUCCUCGCUUUCGUCGUGUGGCCAGGGAUGCCUCGCUACUGCUCUCACCAAGGCCAACUGCAAGGACCAGUGUGACUCUGCGUGCAUCUGCGGCAGCGCGUUUGUCGGUGCGGCUACCCCAUGCAUCGCCGCGUGCGGCGGUAACGACAUUACUGCGGCCAUUGCCCUCCAGACGAAGCAGUGCUCUGGUGGUGGUGGUGGCACUGGAACCGGCGGCGGCGGUACUGGCACUGGCGGCGGCGGUACUGGAACCUGCACUCCCCCCAGCCUCAGCUCGCUCUCGUCGUGUGGACAGACAUGUCUCGCCAAGGCUCUCACUGCGGCCGGCUGCAAGGACCAGUGCGACUCUGCGUGCAUCUGCGGCAGCAAGUUCGUUGGUUCGGCCACUCCAUGCAUCGCCGCAUGCGGAGGUAACGACAUUACUGCCGCGCUUGCCCUCCAGACCAAGCAGUGCUCUGGCGCCACGGGCGGCGGUGGCAGCGGCGGCGGUAGCGGUGGUGGCAGCGGCGGCGGCAGCGGUGGAGGCUCUACCGGAACAUGCACUGGCCCCGACCUCAAGGUCUUCACCUCGUGUGGUCAGCAGUGUCUUGCUGGCGGCCUGACGACGGCCAAGUGCAAGUCGGCUUGCGACAACACCUGUAUCUGUGGCUCUACCUUUGUCGGCAGCGUCACCACCUGCAUUGCCAAGUGCCCUGCCUCUGACGUUACCGCUGCGCUCUCUCUCCAGAAGACCACCUGCUCUGGUGGCGGCGGAAACUCGACCAGCGGCAGCGGUUCGGGAUCUGGAUCUGGAUCUGGAUCGGGCAGCGGCAGCGGCUCUGGUGGCUGCAAGGGUCCCGACCUCUCCAAGUUCUCCACUUGUGGUCAGGGCUGCAUGGCCAAGGCCCUCACUUCGGCCAAGUGCGCAAACGCCUGCGACACCAAGUGCAUCUGUGGCUCCGACUUUGUCAACUCUGUCACCUCGUGCAUCCCCACUUGCGGAGCCAACGACAUCAAGCUCGCCCUUACCCUCCAGAAGACCACCUGCGACCCCAACGGUGCUGCGACUACGAGCGCUGCCGCCACCGCCGCCGCGGCUUCGGACAAGAAGAGCUCGGCCUUUGCCAACGCCGUCCCCAACGCCGUGGCCGUCCUGGCCAUCUUUGGUUCUCUCCUCGUUUAA